GUUUGACCUAUAGCUGCUGGCAUCAUGAAGCAGAGCGCAGCGCCGUGGGUUCCCCAGCGCGGAGGAUAUAAAUACAGAGAGGGAACACCGAUAGCAACUACCCUGAACCAAUAUCCUCUCAUCCUCUCUGCUGGACACCAGGCUCACAAUACUGCUGACACGAUGCAAGGUUUGAAGACUAUCACAUUAACUUAUGUAUUCACCCUUCUACUACUGGCGGCGUUGAUCUCACAGUCAUGGAGCGCGCCGAAGGGCUCUUUCCAACGUAGAAACUGGACCCCGCAGGCUAUGCUGUACCUCAAGGGCACUCAGGGUCGCAGGUUCAUCUCGGAGGACCGAAAAGAGGGCGAUGUCUAUGACACGUUGCACUUAGAGACCCGCAGUCAGAACACAGAGAAGCUGAGUGUGGACCAGGCAGCAACUGUGCUGCUCAACUUCCUGCAGCAGGCCAGAGAGGGAGCUGAUGAAAACCCAGAUGAGGUGUAUUUCCAGGAGCUCCCAGUGUGGAAGAGAGAAUACUUUUAAAAGCCUCUCAUUGUAAAGCUGCCAGGAAACGUCUUUGUUUUUGAAUGUAAGUUGCUCUGUUCUGUAUGACAGAGAAGAACAGCUGUUUUGUAAAUAUGAAUUCUCUGUUUAAAAUGUGA